UCCUCCCCUCCCAUCCGCUACGGUGGACUAAUUUACCUUCUCCAUUUCAGCUUGGUUGUUGGUUGUGUGUUUUCAGGGGUUUUAAUUCUGUCCUUCUCGUAUCAAACCUACCUAGUCAGCCAAUGUAUCUCCGCAGCAUGCGCCUUUUGCCGAGGGCAGCUUUGGCUCCUUUCCAACAAUUGCUUCACAUGCGGAUCACCUCCACUAGCAUAAGCAAGCAUCCGUUUUCCAGGGCACGCAUGGUCCCGCAUCAUCGGGCAGCCGUAUCAAAUCCCGUGGACGUUUUCCAGCAAUUGUUUUUCGAGGCAAUUUCGUCUGGACCCCAUCUCCUCGCUCUAACAAAUAUCCCAUCUUGGCAAAAUGCCAGCCCGCUCAGAUUUACUAAAACAAGACGGGCCGAAGAACGAUGAUCCACCCCUCGCUCUUGGCAUCAUACAUACACCUUGACCGCCAGUCCUUUGUCUUUAACGACUAGAAAACAUCACGGGCGUCGCCGAGGCCUCUACUUAACUCGCAUGCCAUCGCCCUCCCCUCCCGAAAAGUUGCUAGGGAUCACAUAGUAUCAUGGUUCAGUCAGGGACUCACCAACUUACUACCACAUAAGGAACCAGUACCAUGAUGGCGUCUCCAUGGCUCACGACGGCGCUUACUGCCGUCGGCGUCCUCCCAGGAACAGUUUGGGCUUCAGACCCUGUCCCGCGCGCUGCCUCGACACUGGCCCAAACAUGGGGCUCUGGUCUGUCUACCCCAACUUUAAACUCAUCAAGAGGUGCCCGGAGACUAUGUUCUAUGGCUUCUCUCUUUACGAUCCUGUCGAUGAUCCGGACACUACUCAUCGUAUCGCCGCCUGCUCCUCCUUCGGGACGGACUUUGCCAAUAUGGAAUCCGGGCCUUUAGGUUCCAAGCGUGCCAUCUUGGCUGAACCUGUGGCUGUAAACUUCGAGCUUGGCUGGUGGUCUGAGGACUUCGGUCUCGCCACACCUGCCAUCCGCUCGCUUGUGCAGCAGAUGCGAGAGUACAUCGAUCAUGGUCACGGAGCUGUUGCGGAUCGGCCCUUCAUUAUGUACGGUCGUUCCGGACAAGCCACUAUCGGCGUCUACAUUGGCCAAGGUCUGCUGAACCAAGGCAUCAGCGACUCGGCCCUUGAGACCUUCCAGAACAACUUCGACAUCCUCAACGUCACGGCACCGAGCCUCGCCAUGCAGCUCUGCGGCCCCGGUUACGACAGCACACAGACCUUUGGCGUCAUGGUCACAAGCAACGCCACAUUCACCCUGCCCCUCAUCAACAACACCUCACUGUCUUUUGGUCAUGGCACCUCGCCCGGCUCGACACGAGCCAACUCAACCCUCCGCGCUCGCGCCGAUUCCCUGCUGCGAGGCCCUCAUAGCCCACUUCAAGAAGCUGGUGUCUGCGCCAAGAAUUCGCUGGAAAGCGUGCCGACUGCAGGGUCAUCCAGGUCGACGGAGGAAACGGUUGCGCAGACCUGGCCGUGAGGUGUGGCAUCUCGGGCGCCGACUUUACCAGGUACAACCCUGACAUAUGCGCUUCACUCAAGCCGAAGCAGUACGUGUGCUGCUCUAGCGGUACUCUACCCGACAUGCGUCCCAAGCCCUUGGCGAACGGGCAGUGCUUCUCGUACACGAUUGAGGACAAUGACAACUGCUCCAAUCUCGGAGCCCAGUUCGGGCUGACCAUGGACGAGAUCGAGGAGUUCAACAAAAACACCUGGGGCUGGUCCGGAUGCAAGCUGCUCUUCUCCAAAACCACCAUGUGCCUAAGCAAGGGCACUCCGCCCUUUCCUUCACCCAUCAGCGAUGCCAACUGUGGCCCCCAGGUGUCCGGGUCCAAACCACCAACGGAUGGUUCCAAGAUCGCCGAUCUCAACCCGUGCCCCCUGAACUCCUGCUGCAAUAUCUGGGGCCAGUGCGGUAUCACCGCGGACUUUUGCGUCGACACCAACACCGGCCCGCCGGGCACCGCCAAGCCCGGCACCUAUGGCUGCAUUUCAAACUGCGGAGUCGACGUGAUUAAGGGCACUGGCAAUGGAGGCAUCAAGCUCGCCUACUUCCAAGGGUACGGCAUGGGCCGCCAGUGUCUGUACCAGGACGCGCUCCAGAUCGACACCUCCAAGUUCACCCACCUGCACUUUGGGUUCGGCACCCUGACGAAGGCAUUCGAAGUCCAGGUGAGCGACGCGCUUUCUUCGUACCAGUUUGGCGAGUUUAAACGUAUUCGCAACGCCAAACGGAUUUUAUCCUUUGGCGGCUGGGCUUUUUCGAAUGACGUCGACACCUAUAGAAUUUUCCGCGAUGGUGUCAAAUCGAUCAACCGGUUAACGAUGGCUAGGAAUAUUGCCAACUUUAUCAUCCAGCACGAUCUUGAUGGUGUCGAUAUCGACUGGGAGUAUCCUGGCGCGCCGGACCUGCCGCCGAACAUCAAUGACCCCGGCAAGGCCGAAGACGGGCCCAACUACCUGGCCUUCCUCGCUGUGCUCAAGAACUUUCUCCCCGGCAGGACGGUUGCCAUCGCCGCUCCUGCUUCUUACUGGUACCUGAAGCAGUUCCCGAUCAAGGAGAUCAGCAGGAUUGUCGACUACAUCGUCUACAUGACGUACGACCUUCACGGCCAGUGGGACGCCCACAACAAAUAUUCACAGGAAAGCUGCGACACGGGCAACUGCUUGCGCAGCCAGGUCAACCUCACCGAAACCAGGCAGGUGCUCGCCAUGAUCACCAAGGCGGGGGUCCCGGGCAACAAGGUCGUCGUUGGCGUCACCAGCUACGGCCGCUCUUUCCAGAUGGCCGAGCCGGGUUGCUGGGGCCCGAGCUGCAAGUUCACCGGCGAUCGCGAGAACUCUGACGCGACACCCGGGAGGUGCACUGGCCAAGCCGGCUACAUUGCCGAUGCCGAGAUCAACGAGAUCAUCCGCAGCGGCUCGUCGCUCGACAAGCGCUCCGGCGGCCGCGUCGCCACACACUUCAUCGACCCGUCAAGCAACAGCGACAUUCUCGUCUACGACAACAAUCAAUGGGUUGGCUACAUGAGCGAGAACACAAAGGCCGUGCGCUCCCGCCUGUACGCGAACCUCGGCAUGGCCGGCACCACCGACUGGGCUAGCGAUCUGCAGCAGUUUAACGAUCCUCCCAAGCCUGCCAGGGACUGGGCCUCCUUCAUCUCACUGGCGGCCACCGGCGGCGAUCCCAAACAGAGCACGUUGAGAGAAGGCAAGUGGAGAAGCUUCACAUGCACGCACCAGGCGAUUGUGUACCCGUAUGAUUACUAUCCAUCCGAUCGCUGGGAGCAGGUGGAUGCGAAGAGCGCCUGGAAAGGGAUCGUCACGAACUGGCUUGAGCUUCACCAAGGUCAGAACAAAACCUUUCUCGAGUCGGUCGAGGCGACACUCAAGGCAGGGGCCAAUUCUGGCUGUGAACUCCUUGGAGGUGAGAACGACCGAUGUCACGUUGCCUUUGAAUGCCCAAACGGCGCCAACGGACCAGAUUCCGGGCCGGCGGCGCAGUUAAUCUGGCAGUCGAUUAUACAGAUCCAUGGCAUAUACCACGCCUACUACAAUGGUCUUUUAAAUAUGAUGGCAACCGUCGGUCCGACCAUUAGACUGAUGGAGAACACCUUCGCCCCCAUUCCGGAUCCCGACACCAACCAAUGGGCCAACGUCAUGACUGACCUGAUCACGAUUGGCGCUUUGGGAAGCGCGGCGCCUUUUUUCAACAACUUCGUCAAGACGCUUCCCGCUUUCGUCAAAGGUGGCGCCGCGUUUGACAACACCAAAGAUAAUGCUUUGAUGUUGAUCGGCCAGGCUACGACGCUCGCAAAGGAUCUGCUGGCAUCUCCUAAGGGGCCUUGGUGGGAUGCGACACAGCAAAGGAAGUUUUCCGAAUACGCAUACAGAAUCGCCAUAGGCUGGCAGAACAGCGCAUCCCUGGCCUUGGACAAGCUCCUUGGCGGCGGUAACACCACCCUCAAUGCGCUCACGAGUCUCGUUGCGGACGGCAAGUUCAUCGGCGGCAGAUGGGACGUAAGCCCGGAAACUCGGCCCAGACCACCGACGGAAGCGGACAUCGCACAAACGGCCCGCAAAACAUUCUUCGGAUUUGCCGUCCCCGCCCUCUGGCGCCGCUCCAAGACAUACGCCUUCAUCCUCGACUCGGGCGAAGACUGCAACGGCAACCCGGCCCACAAGUACGUCAGCGACCAAACGGCCAGCGAGACCCGCGUCUGCCACGACGACAGGCUCUACUACCUCGUCUACCCGAAAGGAGACGCCAGGAUCUGCACCCCGUGCCCGGCCAAGGACACUCCUUGCCAGGAAAAGUGCAGAACGAACUCGUUCUCCGCCCCCGUCGGCCUGGAUUCGCUUUCGGGAGACAGUUAUGGACAAGUGACCAAGGAAGAUAUCGUCAAAGGCUCCCUCGCCACUUGGGUAUUUAACGGGAGGCAAAACAAGGCGCCCAACAUCACCCAGCUUGCUACUAGCAACAAUGAGGUCCGAAAAAGCCUAGCCGGCCUCGACGUCAAAACUCCCGGUGUAGUCCAGCUGCCCAUCUGCAGCCCCGACCGCGCGUUCCAGUCCUGGGACACGUCCAGCAUGAGGAGCUCGCCCUUUUACCCGUGCGACAUACCGCCGGGCCGGGACCGCUGCGGCGGCUCGACGUUUGACAACCAGGGCAGCGACGUCUCGCCCACCGCGUCGGACUGCCAGCAGCUCAUCAGGAACAUCGAGGGCGACGCGACCACCGACUGGACGCACGGCAUCGUGGGCCAACGCACGAUUGCGAGCUACGGGUCGUGCCGCUUCGGCAUCGAGCGCACGGGCGGCACGGGCGGCGCCGUCCAGUUCCGGGUCGGGGGCCAGGACGUCAUUGACGCGAUCAACGACUCCAUCAGGCAGUUUGGCGGCGGCGGCAGGGUCGGUGCUAAGGGCGUCAUGCCUUGCUCUGGCACGACGGCCAGCACUACGGUGGAUGUUGCUUGGGGCAUUUAUUAAGUAGGGGGUGGCAAGACGGGCUUCCGACAGGUUGGAUAAACUCUAGUGUCACAGCAUGUAUAGCGUUUUUUUAUGAUUAGAAAUAGUAGAAAAGAUUAUGCACUAUAGAGAAUCCAGCCCGUUGGGCGCGAGAGUGAGCGGGA